AUGAAUGGCUUGCGGUUCCUGGUGGUCACGGCUUUUGAUGUGAACUAUGAGGUGGGCUUCCUCUGCUCGGUGGUCAAUGAGGCCUACUGCCAGCGAAACAGCUACACCUUUCAGCGGGUGCUGCUUGGCGCAGAGGAGAUGCGAUGCUUGGCCGCUGGACGGCACCUGGCCUGGGCCAAAGUGGCGCUUCUUGAGGCGCUGGUCACGGGGAGCAGCUCAGCUCUGCUGGAGAAAGUGCUGAGGAAGGCAAGGGUGGUGGAUUUUGACUACGUUGUUUGGAUAGAUGCAGAUGCCAUGGUUCUGGACCACUCCCUUCAGUUAGAGAACUUUGUUGAGGUGGCCGGGGGUGCUGACUUCAUCAUAGGAGAAGACAUGGCGGAUACGGACCUUCUAAAUACCGGUCUGAUGCUGUUUCGCCGCUCCUCUCCAUGGUGUCAGGAGGUGUUGAAACGGUGGUGGAAUGACAGUGACCAGCAAUGGCAUCACCAGGUCUGCUGGGACCAGACGGGCCUUUGUCGUUUGCUCUGCCAGGAUGGUUUUGGCCUUGAGAAGCCCUGGUUCUCUUGGGCUGGGGGACUGCGCUACAAGCGGUGGAAGCAGGUUUUUGUAUUGGAUUGUGGCAGCUUCAACUUCAAGUACUUGAACAACUGCAGCUUCGUUUUCCAUGCUGUUGGGGAACGGGAACUGCUACUUUCCUUUACGAAGCGACUCCUCCUGAAGAAGGAUCGCUUGUACCUGGCAGUGCAGGAUGGCUUCGUGGUGCAUGGCCAGGAUGCUGUCUCCCGCGAACAUCUUGAAGCUUCCUUGGAUCUCUUGGAUGAUGGCGAGGGGCCAAGUGCCAAGGCGAAGUUAGAGAAUGCUUUGCAUUUCUGGAGGCGUUUCGGAGUUGGAAAGAACAGCAAGAAGACUGAGGCUCCACCCUUGGGCUGGGGACUGCCCACUUGUGCCUGGCUGAGCGUUUGCCGGCAGCUGCCAGCUGACUCUGCUAGCCAAUUGAUGCUUGGGCCAAUGAAAGUUGAAUCUGCUUGCAAUCAGCGAAGUCUCAACUUUUCCGACUUCGCCCGAACUUUCGGUGAUCUGCCAGUGCGUUUGCUGCGACCUUCGAAGGAGUCCGCAGCUGCUUCUUUUGGUACGCGGCUCUGGCAACUUUGCAGCUACGUGUCUGGUGACUUGCCUCCCUUCGGUCCCUUAAGCUUCACCAGUGGAAAGCCAUGGAGGCUUUGGAACUGGAGCCCCUGGGAGGGGCACAUGGAGCUGCAGGAGCUCGCAGCAUGGCGCUGCCGAGCCUUGGAGCGCCGCGCCGCAGUGGAAGCCUUCACUCGCUCCAUGUGUGAUCCGCCGCCCAUGGCCCGGCCGCGGGACACCGGCUGCGACCUGCGGCUGGCGCGGCGUCCGCGGAUCCGGGCGCAGCGCUGUGGAGUGAAGCUGCUGGAAAGCAGCACCCCGCCCGGCUACGAGGAAACGGCACGUCAGAAACUCGCCGAGGCCGUGAGGUCCAUCUGUGUUUCGGAGCUGCCACAAACGGGCAGUCGCGAAGAACUCUAUCGCCUAGUGGAGGCACUGUGCACAUCAGGUCGCAGUCAGUUGGUCUUCACUGAGCUCUCCCAGCAGGUCGUCCGGCAGCUGGAGGAGCAACUCAGCGGCUGCAGUGCGGAGAGCGCGGCGGAGCGGCUUGAGCAGCUGGUGGCUGUCUGGAGAAAAAUGUGUCAGGCAUUCCGACAGAUCUCCAAGAUCUACAGUUUUUUGGAUGCCGCCUUCGUGCGACGUUUGGAGAAUGACGUGCUGGACGACGUCUUCCGGCGCCACUUCCGCCGGAAGCUGGCGGCACUGCCGCAGCUGUGCAGCACGGCGGUGGAGGGGGCCUUGCAACUGGUGCAGGAAGAGAGGGAUGGCAAGGCCAUCGACCAACAGCUCUUCAAGUCGCUGAUUGAGAUGUUGCGGAGCCUGUCGUUCUACAAGGACUUUGAGUCCAAGUUCUUUGAGAGGACCACGGAGUUCUACCGCAAGGAGUCUGAAGCGUGGCUCCAAACGUGCUCUCUGGCAGACUAUUUGCUCCUCUCUGAACAACAUCUGUCCAAAGAGAAGCGACGGUGUGAUCACUAUGUGCUGGAUCCUGCCACCCUUCAGCCGCUGCUGGAGGUGUUACGCCAAGAGAUCUUGGCGCAGCAUGCGCAGCGGCUGCUCAGCAUGGGCUUUGCAGAGCUGGUGCAGGGCGUGGAGGUUGAUCAUCUUGCACGGCUGUACCAGCAGUACAAGGACAUCGGCGCGCUAGCUUUGGUUCGCAAAGCCUUCCACGACGCCAUUUACAAGGCUGCCAGCAUCGCCGUCGGAAAAUUCGGAAAAUGGCAGAAGGGCGGACUGCAAGUGCUACAAGGUGGUGAUGAUGCCAAAGUGGUGGUUCCCGAGCUGGUUAGAUUCCUUUCAUCCAUGCAAGAGGUGUUGCAUGUGGCUUUUCUGGGUGACUGCAAUUUGGCGAUUGCACUCAAGGAGGCGUUUGAAGGAUUCCUCAAUUCAGCAGCUCCCAAUCAAGCGGCCAAGCUGUUGGCGCGCUACAUGGACAUCCUCCUCCGUGGCGAUGGCACUGCACCAGCCACUCAGCUGACUCAGCCGAGUCAGGGAGACCUGCAGUUCUCGCCACCGCGGGUGAACAAAGGGAACAAGGAGGACACAGAGGUGCACAUCAAACAGGCUCUCCAGAUCUUCCGAUACCUUGCAGCCAAAGAUGCGUUUGAGGCUUUCUUCAAGAAGGAUUUGGCUCGGCGCUUGCUGCUCCAGCGGUCAGCCUGUCGCGAAAUGGAGCACUAUGCCUCCAGCCUUUUGCGGGAAGAGUGUGGUGCUGCAUAUACUGCAGGAAUUGAGGGCAUGUUCCAAGACAUGGAAAUCUCGAAGGUGUUGGCAGAGGUCUUUGACUCGAGCGCUGAAGCGAAGGAUAUUUUGGAGGAUCUGGGCGUCGACUUCCGCGUCUCCGUGUUGACCACGGGGCGUUGGCCAUCGCCACCUCCCAGCUGUGAGAUUCAGCUGCCGCUGCCCCUGCAACGGCUCGCGACCUGUUUCGCCUCUUUCUAUGUUCAGCAGCACCGUGGUCGCUCCCUUCGCUGGUGCCCUGCCUGGGGCCAGUGUCUUCUCCGAGCGAACGCGAACACUUCGCGGAAGGAGCUGGUGGUUUCUCACUUCCAGGCGCUGGUCCUCUUGUGUUUUAACACCGCAGACCAGCUGAGCUACGAAGAGAUUUGCAAGGCCACCCAGAUCCCCGACACGGAGCUGCAGUUGACGCUGCAGAGCUUGUCACUGCACAAGACGGUGAAAUUGUUGCUGAAAGGCUCGAAGGAGCGACAAAUACGGCCUGGGGAGACGUUCUCGUACAAUUCGGCCUUCACUCACAAGCUGUACCGGAUCACGGUGUCGCAAAUCUCACCGAAGGAGCAACUGCAGGAAGAGGAUGCUGUGGAGCAAAGACUUGUAGGUAGCCGGGUGCACGAGCUCGAUGCGGUGGUGAUUCGCAUCAUGAAGAUCAAGAAAAAGAUGAUCCACCAAGAGCUGAUCUCAGAGGUGUUGAUGACCCUGCGCUUCCCAGCAGAAGCAGCUGACAUUAAGCGGCGGAUCGAGUCGUUGAUUGAGCGCGAGUGCUUGGAGCGGCAUCCCCCAAACGAACAGGGAGUGACCUGCUACACCUACUUGGCAUGA